CUGCGCUGUUGUGAUAUUGGCAUCGAGAGCUUUCCGCAUUUCUCGCGAAUUUGUCUCUUUGACGUGAUUGCUCCACUCCGUCGUCAAAGAGCCGGCUCGAUCAUCCAUCACCGCCAGAUGUCACCCUUCUGAGCUAAUUGCUCCGAAAUUGGCAAACCUGAAUAAAUCGCCAGCACUUGCCACAACCCUUCUGGAAUCCCCACGCCCAGUAUGCUGAAAUGAAAGUUUGAGAAACCCCGGACGACAGUCAGUUCAAUGAACAACAACGGAACUACCAUGUCCGACUACGAGCGCAUUCGCCUAGUCAUCCUGGGCGGUGCUGGGGUCGGCAAGAGCUGCAUCAUCAAGAGGUUCCUUAUGAAUACCUACACGGACAAGUACAGGAGCACUAUCGAGGAUCUGUACAAUCGCGAGUACGACCUGGGGCACAUGACCCUAAAGGUCGACAUCCUGGACACCGCCGGCGACAUGCAAUUUCCUGCCAUGCGGCGGCUCUGCAUCGCCACCGCUCACGCCUUCCUGCUGGUGUACGCCGUCACGUCGGCGCCGUCGUUCGACUGCAUCAAGCAGUGCUUCGAGGAGAUCAGGGAGCAGCGGGGCGACUACCAGGACAUCCCGAUCGUGGUCGCCGGGAACAAGCUGGACCUGACCUCGACGCACCGGGAGGUGCGGAUCGAGGACGUGUCGGAGUGGGUCUACUGCGAGCUGCCCAAGCUCAGGGUGAAGGUCCUCGAGUGCUCCGCAAAGGACGACAUCAACAUCAAGGAAAUAUUCCGUUCGUUUCUGACGCUGUCUCGGAUAUUUCCUCGAGAUACCGAAGAUUCCAGCGGCUUGAAACGUCGAUCCAGCGCGUACGUCUCGGCGAGCAAGGGCGGCCGCAGGGCGGCGAGUCCCGCCCCCGAGAAGGACAAGCAGGCCGGCUCGUCCGAAGUCCGCGAGGGCCUGUCCAAGCCCAGAUCGCGCUCCCUCAUCCGGCGGGCCAGCAGGAAGACCAAGCAGCAGAUCAGGGACGCUCACAACGGGGUGGAGGAGUGCAUCGUCUCGUAAGGACCGAGGGCCAAGGGCACGAUGAAAGGGUCGAAUUUACUGCGGGGUCAGCGGGUUGCGGAUCGACUAACGUGUGAAGGCUGGGGAGGAAUUCAAACGGGGGGAGAUUUAUGCGUGCUCAUGAAGUGCUCCAAGAUAUAAAAAUGCUUUUAGGAGUGAUAAAAGGUGAUUUAGGGGCGUGUUUCUUGUGAUAAGGGGGUGAGGCGAGGUGCAGAUGGGAUUGUUAUUCAAAACAGGGGUUGUGCUUUUUACUGAGGAUUUUAGAAACGAAAAGAUAGAGAAAUGUUUCCAAAAAAAAUAUAUAUAUAUAUAUGUUUUGCAACGGUCCGCGAAGUGCGGAUCUGCACCCAGUCGCUUCACCUCUUUCCAACUCACGCCAAUAGAGAGAGAGAGAGAGAGAGAGCUGAGGAUCAGAUUUUGUUACCUUGUAAUAUAUCUGAGGAGCAAAGUAAAAUAGUUGGAAGGAAGUAAGUGUCUGGGAGACCACUAGAGUGUUAAAGCUUUUCCUACGCUAGUCGAGUGGGCAGCCCCCAAUUCAUUCGUCGUUGUAAACUGGUGUACCAGUGAUAAUACGAGUGAUCUACCUAGACCUAUGUAGUAGUUUGUAACCGCACAAUAUCAACAAAUAACGAAUUUUACUCUGGAUGUUUUAUAUCAUGUAACCGGCAGUUAGAAAACCGUCCCAUCUCAGAUGUCUUCAUACAUAUAGUAUCUAGAGGAACUGUUUUUCGUUCGUUUUGCCCUUGUUUGUAACCACAGUAACCAGAUGUCUUCAGUUGUCAUUAUCACGAGAAACAAGAACAUUGCGGGUACCAAUGUACAUAACUAUAGUUGUUAAUGUCAUUUUGUACUAAGACCACCAUCCGUUUGACAGAGAAGUGGUUCUCUGGGUGCGAAAGCGGAGUGGGGCUCUUUGGAAUUGACAGUUGACAGUUGACGUUUGACAUUUGAUGAUAGCGCGCGCGCGCGCCCCACCGCCCCAUAUCGUUGGUCAACAAGGUAUACCUAGCACGACUAGACUCUAGCGUAGUUUAAUGUUAGUACUUUGUAUGUCGUUUGAGUUGGUAUUUUAUAAUUUCGACAAUAUCGUUAUGCCCAACAAUGCAUUAGUGAAUUUCUGUAAAUAGUAAAUAGAACUUCUGCGUAUUGUGAUACAGUAAGUAUUGAGGCUAAAUCGCCGAAUCAACUGUAAAAACAAGGUCACGAGCCGCUCCAGAAGUCUAGUUUCUUUUAAGUAUAAGUUCCUAAGCGAAAUGUUUGAAAAUAAAAUCAAAAACGGGGGCAGCGCCCCCUAUACUACACAUUAAGGGAUCAUGAGCUACUACGAUUAAAUUUUUUAUGAUUUUAUACUGAAGGUGUGUACAUAAGCAUUUGUGGAUUGACGUUUCCAGUUUACAUUUCCAAGCUUCGAAUUUCGGGAGAGUCUCGCAUCUACAUGGAGUUUUCUGUCUGUGCUUUUCAUUGCUUGUGUACUAGUUAUAAUCUCGAUUUAUGCGUGUCUAUCUUAACAUUUAUUAUGUCCAUAGCACUUUAACCGUUAUAGCACCGAAAUAGCUGUUAAUGUUCUUCGGGGAAAUUGGAUUUUUAUUGUUACACUUGAUUGGUCACCAUUAAGACUCUGUAUUGUUGCUAAAUUGAGAAACAUGACGGAGCACAAGAGUCUGUUAUUUUUCUAGACAUAUGCCAAUACAAAAAUUGUUGUUACGUAUAACAAAAUGACGCUUAUAUUAUAAAGUUUGUAUGUAUAUAAGCAGGGUCUAGCAAGUUGACUGAGCGACGUCACACGUUGAGUUUAUAGUCAUGUUGUUAAUACUUGAAGUAUUGUUGUGUAAUUUUGUAUUAUUGUGUUUAUGCUAAAUGGAAUGUUUUUUAAAAAUUAUAUGGAAAGAC